AGGCUAAUUCUGCUGACUGCCAGCAGUUCAAUUCUCACCUGCUCAAGGUUGACUCAUCCUUCCGAAGUGGAUAAAAUGAGGAUCCAAAUUGUUGGGGGAAAUAUGCUGACUCUGUAAACCAUUUAGGGCUGUAAAGCACUAUGAAGUGGAAUAACAUUUUAAAGAAUGUUGAAGAUUUUAGACAUCAGUCUUACACUAUUAAUUAUUUCAUUGUCAACAAACACGAAGAGUACUAAAGUGCUUUCAGCACAGAAAAAGUGUGGAGAUUCAGAAUGUGAAACAACUAUGAGCAGAGUGUUAGCCAUUAAAGACUACACUGGGCCUGACUGCCGCUACUUGAGCUUCAAAAGUGGGGAAGAAAUAAUGGUAUACUUCAAACUUUCAAGAGAAAGGGAAGAUUUGUGGGCAGGAAGUAAAGGCAAAGAAUUUGGUUACUUCCCAAUGGAUGCUGUCCAAACAGAAGAAGUAUUUGUUACAGGAGAAAUAGAAGUGCCCACAAAGGAAACUGAUUUCCUUUGUCUUGAUGGUGAAGAAUAUGUUUUUGAAAAUGAAGACAGCAUAUUUAAUCGUCGUGCUGAAGAAAAUGAGCAUGAUGUAUCUCUUUACACUGAUGGUAAAGACUCAGACUUUAACAUGCCUGAGGAUGAAAUCAUGAAACUCCCAGAUACUUCUAUCCCAAAAGAAUAUAGCAGUCACAGCAAGACUGAUCAAGAUGAGUCUAGCCACCAAGAGGACCCAGUCGGCCAGGCUCUGAAUCCGGUCCCAGCUCAGUCAACUUGGACUGUUUUUGGUAUUGCAGGUUGGCUUGGUUUGAGAAGGGAAGAAAAUAAGGAGGCUUUUGGAAAAUCCUCAGAGAUUUCAGAACAAAUUACAUUUAGGCAUAGAAAAAUAGCAAUAGCUGACAAUGCUGAUAUUAAAAAACAACCCAAAGAGAGUAAAAUGGAGCCAUAUAGCUGGUUUCAGAGCACUUUGACAGAUUUGUUUCAUUUCGGAAAUGAAAAAUCAGGACAUGAUCUGCUGUACAAAGAUGGUGAUCCAGAUUUCCAUAGCAGUUCUAACACUGCUUCUAAUAGUGGCCACCAUGGCAGAACAGCAGCUUCUGAAGCAAGAAUAAAGAAACAUAGUGAUAAUGAACUGUCUGAAUCAAACUGGUUUGAUCUGAAGUUAAAUGAUAUUUUAAGUUUUGGGUACACUCAAAAAGACAAAGAACAGCUUGCAAAUGGAGAAGUAGAUCAAAAUGAGGACCCGCUGCCUUCUAAUAUAAAAUCGGUCCCAGUGGAGGAUGGCUUGAGAGAAGAAGCAGUAGAGCAAACGCUCUAUGAAGAACAAAGCAAAUAUGUUAAAAAGAACAUAGAGCAAACACCUGAAUCGGUAGUAGAUAAAAAGAAAGAAAAAUAUCAUGAAGAAAUGACCAGCCCAGAUAUUACAGAUACUGAAUUUCCUUUAGGAAAUGAACAUCCCGAUUUAAUGAAUACUGCUUCUUUUUCCACUGAACUUGCUGAAAAUCUAAAAUCUUCCAGUACAGAACAAGUUUCAGUAUCAGAGAGCCAAAUCACUGAAAAUACUCCGGAGUCAGAAAGAAUAAAAAGCCAGUCAGAUUCAGUCAUACAUUCUGAAGUACAGUACAGUGAAGCUGAAGAGUUCCAGUGUAUUUCUUCUUUUAGCCAUUAUAAAGAUCUCUUUAGUUUUCAGAACUUUCCAGACAAAACCAUAAAUUCUUUGCAAGAAAUUAAAAGAACCAAGGUUAAAAAUAGCCAAUCUAACAUUAUUGUUGAAUCACUACAGAAAAACAAAGAAAUAGAAAAGAAAAAUAUAUUACAUCAGAAAACAGCAAAUCUGAAGGAAGAUAUUUUCAACAACGGUAUCUUUUUACUUUCAUCUACAAUGCAAAACAAUGCAGGCAGUGCAAAUGUAACAAAAGAUGAUAAUGGGAAAUUACCUGGCAAUGGUCUCAAAGAAAAAAAUCCUUUGAAUUUAAGUAAGGAAGCUAAGAAUGAUCAGUAUUCUGAAAAAAACCCACCUCCCACAAAUAGUAAGAAAAAGCCAAAUGCUUCAGGAAAAAAAUAUCUAGAUCAACAGGCUGUCAAAGAAGAAGUACAAGAGAACAAUCUAAUGAAUCAAAGUUGUAUCAUUAGUAAUGACUAUGAAAGGCUACUUCAAAUAAUCCCGGAUUUGAAUACAUUUGGUACCAUUAUAACUUCUAUUUUUUCAUCUAUGAUACCUAUAGAUAAAAAGGUUUUCUCAUCACUCCCUGAAAAUAUGAGACCUGGUCCAGAUCUCUUUGGUUUUUCAUGGGAAAUUGUUAUGGUUGCCAUUUUUACUGUUUUACUGUUCGUAUGCAGAAUGUAUAAAUCAGUUAACAGUAGACGUUAUUUAAAAAGAGAGAAGAAGCUUGCCGGUGAGAUUGCUGAACUAAUUGAAGAGCGAUGUAAAUUAAUGGAAAAACUCAGUCUCCACAAAAAAGAGUAUGCAGAGUUAGAAAACACUCUGAAAGAUGGCAGCUUUCUACAGGAGUCAACCAUUGCAUCAAAUAUUAAGAUAGAGUAUGAAAAACUGAACGGUUCAAACUCAGCACUCAAGAAUGAAAUAGAACACUUAGAAAAAGAAUUGAAAGAAGAGAAAUCUAAACAAUCAGAACAGGAUGAUUUGAUGGCUGAAAUACAGAAAAGAAAGGCAUCUUUAGAAAAAGAAGCAAAAUCUAUCCAGUUUCAAGUAGCUGAGGCCAAAACCACAUUAAAAGUACAUGAAAUUAACAGAGAGAGAUUGAAGACAUCACUGCAAGAUUCAGUAGAGGAAAACAGACAUCUUCAUGAAAGUGAAAAACAAUUAUUACAAGAAGCUGAAGGAUGGAAUGAACGAUUUAAUGAACUAAAUGAGCAGAUAAAAAUGUAUGAAUCAUCUCAAGCAAAUCUAGAGGAAGCUCUUAAAAAUAAAGAAAGUCAAGUGAAGUCACUGACAGACUGUUUGCUAAGGAUGAAAGACUGGAGCUGUGCAACAGGAGAGCAUGAUUCUGUGGGUGACAACCACAAGAAUAAUGAUAUAAAGAAUGAAACAGAAAACGAGCAGGACUUGGAUGUUCCAGAAAAAGAAACAGUAAAGAAGCUAAUUUAUGCUGCGAAGCUAAAUGCUCAUUUAAAAUCUGUGGAAACAGAAAGGAAUCAAAUAUAUUCAAAGUUAGGUGAUGAAAAGAAAGCAAAAGAGGAACUUGCAGAACGGAUUGAAAGACUACAAAAGGAACAUGUCAUUUUGCAAUCAGAAAAUAUAGAGGUUCAAAAUGAAAUUCAAAAGCUUCAGCAAAAGCUUCAAGUCAUGACAGAACUGUACCAAGAAAAUGAAAUGAAUCUUCACAGAAAAUUAACUGUAGAAGAAAAAGAACGUUUACAGAAAGAAGAAAAACUUUCCAAAGUCGAUGAGAAAAUUAAUCAUGCUGCUGAGGAACUGAAUACUUAUCGGUAUCGGGUAAAAGAUCUUGAAGAAGAACUGGAAAGAACUGUUUGUUCUUAUGAGAAACAAAUUAACUCACAUGAGAAAAAAGCUCAUGAUAAUUGGUUGACAGCCCGGGCAGCUGAAAGACAACUGAAUGACAUGAGAAAGGAAAAUCUACACAGAAGACAAAAUUUGACAGAAAUAGAAUUUAAACACAACCUUUUGAAAAAAGAUCCUUAUGCUUAUGAUGAUACAGCCACAGCAUUUGGCAGAGAGCAGUCCCCAUAUGGACCCUCACCAAUGGGCAGACCUUCAUCUGAAACAAGAGCUUUUCUUUCCCCCCCAACCCUAUUGGAGGGUCCCUUAAGACUUUCACCUGUGCUUCCAGGUGGAGGAGGAAGAGGUUCAAGAGGACUGGGGAAUCCUGGCAUAACUGAAGUUGGUAAUGAAAGAGGAGAGCUGAACACUAGUAGGUUAUCUGAUCCACACAGGCCACCUUCUGACACUGGAUCUUUGUCACCUCCAUGGGAUAGAGAUCACAGAGUAAUACUUCCACACCCAGGUCACCUCUAUAAUGAGCAAUCUUUUCCUCUUCGAAGACCAGAAAGAUUUUAUCCCAAUCCUGUAAACUCUGGAAGGCUCUCGGGACCAGCUGAACUAAGAAGUUACAACAUGCAUUCAGUUGAUAAAACAGAUGGACCAUUAUCUGAAAAUAACUCAAGAAUGGACUUGAGUGGAGAUGAAUUAAGAGAUCAUUCAAAUGACAGUAAUAUGUACCAUAUACACGAUCAGUCUCUUCCUCCUGAAAACGAAACCUUAGGACCAGGAAUUGUGCCACCACCACUUCCUUUUUUGAGAGCUCCUCUAAUGUCAAUGGAUCCAAGGGGAUCUUUCAUGAGAAGAGGGCCUCCAUUUCCACCUGUACCUCCUAGUUCUGUGUAUGGUUCACAGGAAUAUUUUCCAAGGGAUUUUGCUGGUUUGCCACGUCCUCUAUUACCAAUGAGAGCUCCCUUUCCUAUGAGGCCUUUUUCACAAUAUCCACCUCCUCCAAGGGCUGGCUUUUUUCCUCCUCCUCCACCACCACCACCACUAUCUGAUAACAGAAAUGAGGUUUCUGCUGAGUUAACACAGCUGUCAACUGUAUCAUCUACAGAUAAUCAAGAAUCACAAGAAAGUGGUUGAAUGUCAUUUUGUUCUUGACAAUUCUCUCGACUGAUUUAUUUCUUCUCAACUGAAGUAACUUGUUACUUAAUCAACUCUAUUAUUGCUCAAAUUGAAGCUGAAGAGUAAUUCUCAGGAGAGUGAUCUGUAAAUAUUGGUUUAACUGUGAAUAAAUUAUAACUGUACAGCAGCAACUUUUAAAUAUUUUUAUUUUGCUUAUCCAGGAGAUGUAAAAUUUAGUCUGAUAAUAAGAAUUCUCUAGCUGUCUUUUGACUACACCUGGUCUCAUAAAAAAAUAAUGCACGUGAAAAUGAGUAUUAUGGUGAAAUGCAGGUGUUAAAAAAUAAAAAGGUUUUAAUAAUUUGUAAUAUUUUGAUUAUUUAAUAAAAGUCAGUGUCUUCUUUUUUUACAUGAAUUCUGAAAGUAUCUUCCAUGACAAUUCUAAAGUUUUGCAUAGUCCUCAAGUUAUGACUGCUUGCUUAGUGAUCGUUGAAAGUUAUGACUUAUCUGGAAAAAAAGGGAAUUAAGAUCCAGUUCCAAAGUUCUAGCAGUUCCUGACCCCUUCUGGGAGUGGUAUUUUGGGCACUUGAAACACAGCCACAUUUACAGCCAUUUGCAGUAUCUCAUGGUCACAUGACUAUGUUUUACGCUGAUUUUGCCAAAAACUGAAGAAUUUUCAGCAAAAUCAACACCAUAGCAAACAGUGAGUUUGCUUAACAACUGCUGCAUUGGUUUAACAACUGUGACAUCCUCUUAAUGACUGUCGCAAAACAGCUGCUGCAAAAAAAGUUGCUGCAACAUACAACAGUCUGCUCUAUUGCAGUUGUAUUUUGAGGAGUAUCUGUACUUUCUACUGCUAUAGUAAGUACAUCUUAAUAUGCUACACAAGAGCAGUCUUACCAUCUUUUCUUCUUAAUGUAAACUAAAGCUUUAUGGAUAGGCAUGUUACUUCAAGAAUUUGGGAGAUUUAUUGCAUUGCCAAGGAAGAAUGCCUGUGUGUGUCUUUUUAAUACUCAAAAAGAUGAUAGUUAGCUUCAUCUUAUUCCUUCUGAUGUCUUGCAUCUUAUGAACAGUUAUUUGAAAUUUGAGCCAUAUAAUUUUGCAUUGCAGUAUAUAAAAAUUCACAGUGUAUUUCUAUUUUUAAUUUAUACAUUAAAAUUGUCGACUCACUUUUCUCCAGGAGUUCAAGGUGAUAACGUACACAUAGCUCUUUUUUUUUUAUCACAACAAUCCUGCUAGAUAGUUUGGAUUAAGGAAGAAUAAUUGCUUCAAAGUCUCUAAGUGAAGUUGGGGGAGUCUGGCCAUCAGGAAACUCCCUUCCUGAAGGCCAGGAGAGUGGGGGUGCACCUCACUUCUGGGGACAAGCUGUUCCUCAGGGCGAAAGCAACAGCAGAGAAGGCUCUCUUUCUAGAUCCUGCUAGUUGAAUAUCUUCCACUGACAGCAUCUGGAACAUAGACUCCCUUGUUUGUUAAGAAAAUCCAUACAGGUAGUUAAAUACAACAUCAUAUUACCACAAUUUGCAGCUUCCUGCUUACUUCCCCACUGACUUUGUCAGAAGCUGGUUGUGAAGGUUGCAAAUGUCAAUCAUGUAACUCUGGGAUGCUGUGACCAUUGAAAAUACGUGCAGGUUGCAAAAC